UUCCUAGUAUUUUUAAUGGUGCGCGAAAUCAAUUCAUCCCUUUGACUCAUCUUCGAAGUUCGCUUUCUCAAAGUAUUUCAAUGUCGUUAUCAGACUCUUCUGUGUUCAAGGACCUCGAUUCAAUCUGCCGAAGACUUCUUUUUCGAACCUCAAAGUAUGAAGAUCCCGUACUGCGUAUCUCAGUCCGAUAUUUAGCACGUUUAUGUAAGCUGUUGAAUUAGAAAUAUCAACAGUACUUAACGGCCACUGCUCUGGAACAUGAGGGUCGCUCUUCACUCAAACGUUGCCCCGCCCGGGCUGAGACAAGGAAUUCAUCACAAGAUCUAGCGCUUGAUCUAGAAGAUUUGUCGCAGGAAUGUAGAAGCGAAAUAACGCAUGUUAUGUCACUACUUGACUCAAUCGCCAUUCUUGAUCAAGGGUCAUACUCAUAUAUGAACGGGAAUCGAGCACAAGUAGCCAAUCGAUUUCAAAAGGGAUCUCUACAAGAAGGAAACGCCAUUCAUGAAAACGAAGAUGGCACGAGUGGAAGAGUUGACCGAAAGCCUCUUCCUUCCAACCAUGAUCAGUGAUGCCAAGGAACAACUUGUGAAACUGAGAAAAGUUCGAACUGUACAAGAUUGCGAGGUGGAGGAUGCAUAUCAAAGGUUUCGAGAUUCUUAUCACGCCUCUAUGAACAAUAUGGAGAAGAUUGUAAAGAUUUGUAAUGAUCACCAUGAUCGGAUCUAUGUUCACGUAUUCACGGAAGCGGAGAAGGUGCCAUAUGAAGUGGACCUUGAUAUCCCUCAGGCUGAGGGAAGCUUUGGUAUCGUCUACAAAGCAGUGAAUACAACAAACAACACUGCCUUCGCUGUAAAGAUGUUUAAAAAGGUAUACUCCUCAAAGCAGCGGAGUGAGAUAUUGAAGGAGUUGGGACUACUGGCUAGGUGCAACCAUCCAAACCUGCUCACCUUAAUGGAUGCCUACCAAGUACACGACGACCCACAUACCUAUUAUCUGGUUACUCAACCCUGGGCGCCAUAUACGCUGGAUAUGUUUAUCCAUGAGACGGACAAUCAGAGACGAAAAUCAUGUCCAUGGUUCGCAUCAAGAAUGAAAGAAACAAAGAUACUGAUGGUGUUGAAAGGGCUAGCGGAUGGUCUUGAUUACCUCCAUGGACAUUCGAUUAAGCAUAAGGAUAUAAAGCCUGAUAACAUCCUGCUUUAUCAUGAUAGUACUAGAGGGAUCCGGCCGAUAAUUGCAGAUCUCGGUGAGAGCAAAGUCUUCAGGCAAGGUGGAACCACGAACUAUUCCAAGAGCACGUAUCGUUAUCUUGCGCCCGAACAAGUCAACCACACAGACAGUAGUCUUAAGGCAGAUGUCUGGCAGAUGGGCUGUUGUUUUGUGUUCUUGUUGGUAAUCCUUAGUGAAGGAUCCCGAGGGUCAUGGGACUUAUGGGGAAGCUUUGAGAACGAUGAUCCAAACUGCUCCUGCAGAAUCUCGACGGAAUCCGAACACUUUAUGAAGACACUACGGCGACUUUGCUCGAAAAGCAAAUACUCCCAGGAGUAUGUCCUGUGGAUAAUCACUGGGAUGCUAGAGUUACUACCAACGGCACGAAUGGAUAUUCAAGCCGUAAGAGAGGAGUUGUCGCAACUUAUCUGAGGAAUAUUUCGGAUAGGCAUAUGCGCUGCGUGGGCCUGUACUUUUAAUCGAUUUCCUAUACUUUAGAUUUAGGUGAUGUAUGGAGUAGUCUCCGCGAUAGGAUGAGCAAGCGCUCUGUAUUAAUGUAGCAUAGGUAAGAUUUCGAAUCUCCCCCCAAAAAAUGAUAAUGAUUCGUAACGGAUUUGGGAAAAGGGACUGUUCAUACAGAGGAAGACAACAAAGCCAUCGAAUUUACCAAGAACUUCCAGCAAUCCAUAAAAAUUGUUUCAUAUAUACUGUAAGACAGUUUUGUAUAGGGGGAUCCUAAUUAUAAUAUUUUAUUUUUAUGUUCUUGGGGAAAAUUCUUCGGGACUCAAAAGUCAAAGGGAUCGUAGUCCGACUUAUCAU